GAUCUGGAGAGGGAGGGAGGGAGCGUAGACGACGAUCAUAGCAUCAUCAGCAGCUCGGCAAUUCCUUCAAGUCCCAUUCGCCAUCGCCAUGUUGGUCCCUCCAUUCGAUGUCGGUGGUGGUUGUACUCGUGCGCGCCACAACCCCCCACACCGGGCAGCUUUCUCGAUGUGCGAUGUGCUGCAGACUGCCUUUAAACGAAAAAGGCCCGUAUCCCGACACCACCACCAACAUCAGACACGACCCCGCCCCCGGAGUACUCAUAUAUAUCGACCGGAUCAAAUCGUGACGAAAGGUCACCUGGACACAUCCACAUCGCCGGACCUCGUGACGAUACCCAACACACCCAACGGAGUGCAGAUCGCGGGAACGGACCCCGGUUAGCGACAGCGACAAGCGAAAGACCGGUAUUAAUCUAGUGGGGCCCCCAACAACAACAUCGGAACCACGGAGGACUCGAGAUCCAGUCGAAACCAUCGACGGAGGACAUAGCUAGGAUGGAGGAUUCACCAGAAGACGGGCAGCCGUGGAAAAUAAUUAAAGUUGGACAUGGCGGCGUUGGCCGAAUAGCGCAAGCUUGCGAUCGCUGUCGAAACAAAAAGAUCAAGUGCGACGGUAAACGACCAAGCUGCACCCAAUGCGAAAACGUCGGCUUCGAAUGCCGCACAAGCGACAAACUCUCCCGACGCGCCUUCCCCCGCGGCUACACCGAAUCCCUCGAACAACGCGUCCGCGAACUCGAGAAAGACCUCCGCGAUGUCAAGAACCAGCUCCACGCGAAAGACGAGACAAUGCAGGGUCUCGUACGGACGGGAUCGAUUGCGGAGGGCGCACCGGGAUCGGUUGUCGGGGAUGGUGCAUUCGUGGAGGGUGGAGCGGGUGGGAAUCUGGGCGGUGUGGGGACGGAGGAUGAUGAGACGUAUUAUAUUGUUGGUGAGGUGAAUCGCCUGAUUUUGAACGAUGAGGAUGAGGGGUGUUAUAUGGGUUCGUCAUCUGGACGGUAUUUCAUUGAGAUACUGAGGAAGAAGUUGUUGGAGCUACGGAGUUUCGACUUGAAAGUCGAGGAUGCGUUAUUGUUGUCUGCGGAUAUCAUUGUUGCGAAUAAUGCGCCGGUGGUACAUCUUCCUCCGCCUUCCUCGUCCGCCAUCGCUCGCCGGAACUCGUUCCAUGAUGGAUUGCCUGUUCUCCCGCCCCGUGCCUUCGCGGAUCAACUCGUCCAGUCUUAUUUCCAAAAUUGGCAGCCCCUCUUUCCACUCCUUCACAAACCGACCUUUUUCAAGACUUACGAAGCGCUCUACGCCCGCGGCGCACCGUGUACUGACCCAUGCUGGUUAGCGCACCUGUACCUCGUGUUCGCCAUCAGCUCGCACGACCUCGCCGUCGAAACGGGAGAGAACCCGGAUGAUCACGCCAAAUACUACCAGCAGAGUUUGACAUACAUCCACCAAAUCGAACACCGACCCGCACUGGACUCGGUACAAGCAUUGACGUUGGCGUGUUUGUAUCUGUUUACGCAGCAUGACGCGACGACGCUUUGGAGGUAUAAGAAUGCCGCGGUGAGUACUGCGCUUCAGCUCGGGUUGCACCGUGAUCCUAAGCGAUUUGGGUUGAACCCCCUGGCGAGGGAGAUGAGGAAGAGAACGUUUUGGAGUGUGUUCGUGAUGGAGACUUUCUGUUCCGCAUUGCUUGGUUUACCGAAGGCGCUCAGGGUAAAGGACAUCGAGACCGAGCUACCGGCUGAUAUCGAUGAUGAGUAUGUUGGCGAGACCUCGUUUUACCACAUGCCUGGAUCCAGUACUAGGAUCUCUGCAGCAUUGGCGUUGGCGAGAUUAGCGAGGGUGUUGAGCAACGUUAUCGAGAACUUGUAUGGACAGUCGCAUCAGCCGCACUCGAAGUUGCGUGCUUUGGAUGGGGAAUUAGAGGCGUGGAGGAAAGGACUUAUCCCGAGUCUGCAGUUUCCGCUUAACCCGAUGGAAGCGACGGGAUCGAGGCCGGGGAUGCAUUCUCGUGCGGCUUUUCUGGGUCUUGGUUACCACUAUACCCGCACGCUGAUCCAUCGCCCUGUCAUCUCUGGACGCAAUUCGAACUCGGUUAGUAGUCCGCCGAUUAUCAAUGGCGGUCUCAACCCUACUGCGAUUCAGAAGGCUCAGCAGCAGGAGGAUCCCUGGGAGCAAGCGUGUCUAAACAUCGUGCUCGAGAGUUCGCGUAGUGUUGUGGCGUUGCUGGAUAGACUCGCUGAGAACAGAAGUCCCUUUACGUUUUGUUUGUCCCAGGGAUACGUGUUGUGGACGAACGGCAUGAUGCUUCUUUACGGUGCGCUGACAUACGGCGAGGGACCCAUUAUGGAUGAGACGAGGCAGCAUAUCGAAAAGUGUCUGAACCGCCUUCGUCGUUUGCAUGCCACGAGUACGAACGCGAAGAAGCGCUCGGAGUUGUUAGAAAAGGCUGCAGGUGCUGUCUUUGCCGUCCCUAGAAACCAGCAGGCUGCGUAUGCUGUGCCACCACAGCAACCUGCGCUUCCCACUGCGGCGUUGGCUGGGUUACAGCCAUAUCCGCAGAUUGCGCCUACGGCGGUUGGACAGCAUCCUCAGUCUAUCCUUCCCACGCCUGCCCAGCUCGCGAACUUCGUGCCGUUCCAGUCGAAUAAGUCUAUCGCCAUUGCGGCAUCUCGUGGGUCUACUAGACCGAAUACUCGACCUGGAAGUCCGAAGGCUGGGUUUGCGCACCUGACGCAAACCGAGCUCGACUUCAUUGAUUGGCCAUCUAGCAGGAAUUCCCCGACGAGUAGGUUGGCGUACGAUGAUAGCGAUCUCGAGGCUUUCUUGGCUAGUAUUGAGAAUGGUCAGGAGCCGCUGUUUGGGACUGCUCCCGCUGUUGUGCAGAACCAACAAAAUGCCCAUCAAGGGCCUAAUCCAGCACAGUUGGGCAUGGCACUCGACGGUGCUGCAUUCCCGUCUGCACCGGUCGUGAACCAGGCUCCGACAGGUGUGCCGAAUUGGGAUCCUGUCGUCGUCGAUGGUGCUCCGACUGCGUCGACGUUGAUGGGCGCACCUGCACCAAGACAGUCGUCUCAUAUGAGUACUGUCCAGUCAUCUCACAUGGGUACCGUACGACCAAGGGACGACGAUGAUGAUCCCCCGAGCAGUCCAGACGUGAUCUGGGAUGGAGGAGGUCCUAGGCCCGGAAAGAGGAUUAGGCAUGAGGAACAUAAUGGUCCGCAGGUCAACGGGCAGGUCAGUGGACAGGUCAAUGGGCAGGUGAACGGCAAGACUGGGGAGGCGAUGUGGGGUGUUGAGAUGCAGGUCAGUCAAUAAUGGAUGUGGCGAAC